CGAUGUAAAUUGAAAGCACCACGUGUUCAUGACGUGUGAACAGAGCGGUUCCGUAACCGGACCGAUUUAGACUUGGAGCUUUAAUGACGUGUUGUUAGCAGUAAAUUCGAUAAAGGCGCUGUCUUUGUAUUGCUGCGUGGCUGCAGACCAGCAAAAGUCACUGUUCCCCAAAUGGCAAUAUGGAUACGGUUCCUGAUAGUGACAGCUCUGCUGCUGGUCAGGCCCUGCUUGAUGGUUGUGAAUGGUGACUGUGACCCGCCUGUAGUGGAGAGGGACAGACUUUUAGCAGAGAGAACACAGCAGCAACAUCUGCAUGCACUUUUCUUAAAGUACGGUGAGAAUGGGACCAUCUCACUGGCUGGUCUGCAAAGGAUGCUUGAGGGAUUGGGACUAGACCGGAUCAGGAGAAUUACAGUGCAACACCAUGGAAACAAACAUGACCACACACAUUCACAUGCACACUCACCAACACAUACACACAAACACACCACACAUAUGCAUUCUGUUGGUAGCAAGAAGGAUGAUGAUGGUUCCAGUGUGGAGAAGAGUAUCUUAACCUCCAGUGUGAAUCCUGACUCUAUUUCUGUGAAGAAGAGCCAAUUAGAUAUUCACCACAAUCUCUACAUAAAGAGAGAUUCUGAUGCCUCUGCUAUUCUGACAACGCCGUCUUAUGUAGCCAAAUCACGCCGAUCUGAACGCAGCUCAGACAACAACCUCAUGGACUCUGACUUUUCCCAGACCAAUGCAACACACUCAAACACCUACCACAAUGAGAACACGUCCACAAGCAACCUGGAUGACCACAAUAACCAUGACAAGAAUGAGAAAAUUCUUGAGAAAAGUCCAUUAAGCCAUGACUUCAGUCAAGAGUGCCAGAAUGCCACCACGAUUCUGCAGACGCAUGGCAUGUCCCAAGAAAUGACUCUGUCUGUUAAUGACUUCAGCUUCCUUUGUCCUGCUCUUCUUGUGCAAGUUGAUUUCAAGUCCUGCCUUCUGCAUGCUGAGAAGCAAUCAGAUAACGAUCACAUUCACCACCAUCACCACCACCAUCACCAUGAUGAAGCUAGUGGACAAAGCCAGAAGAAUUUUCCCAUUUAUAUGGCAUGGAUUGGAGGUUUUCUCUCCAUCACGAUAAUCAGUUUGCUGGCUCUGGCUGGUGGAGUCCUAAUACCAUUUAUCAACAAAGUGUGUUUUAACUUCCUGCUCAGUUUCCUGGUUGCCCUUGCAGUAGGCACGCUCAGUGGAGAUGCCCUACUGCACCUUAUCCCACAUUCUCAGGGUAACCACAAGCACCAUCAUGCUGGCAAUGAAAGCUUGGAGCAUGGUCUCCAAGACAACAGUGAAGAUUCCCUUAAGCCUGUUUGGACAGGGUUGACUGCAUUGGGAGGAGUUUACAUCAUGUUUCUCAUUGAGCAUUUUCUGACCCUUGCAAAAAUGUUCAAAGACAGAAAACAAAAGGAGCAGAAGAGAGCAGAAUUGGCUGCUGAAAUGUUAGAGUCUCAGAAUGUGCCAGUUAUAGCUGACGUUAUUGUCAAACCUUUCGAUGAUUCUGAGCUGAAUGGCAAGCAUGCGUGUGGACAGGGUCUGCCAGAGGAGGAAGAAGUGAUGUUAUCUGAGGGUUGCUACACCGAUGAAGAAUGUGAAAACAAGUGCCACUCCCACUUCCACGAUACUGUUGGCCAGUCAGACGAGCAGCACCACCAUCACCACAACUACCACCAUAUUCUGCACCAUCACCACUCUCAAAACCAUCAUCCCCACACUCACACACACAGACAUACACAAUCUUAUUCUGUAGAGCAUUUUGAGAAUGCAGGGGUUGCCACCCUUGCUUGGAUGGUCAUUAUGGGGGACGGCCUGCACAACUUUAGCGAUGGGCUGGCUAUAGGAGCAGCCUUUACAGAGGGUUUGUCUAGUGGUCUCAGCACUUCAGUUGCUGUGUUCUGCCAUGAGCUUCCUCAUGAGCUAGGGGAUUUUGCAGUUCUGCUGAAGGCUGGAAUGUCUGUGAAACAGGCAAUUCUUUAUAAUUUGCUCUCAGCAAUGAUGGGCUACCUGGGAAUGGUUAUAGGCAUUCUGAUUGGUCACUACGCAGAGAAUGUGGCCACAUGGAUCUUUGCCCUCACAGCAGGACUCUUCAUGUAUGUUGCACUGGUGGACAUGGUUCCAGAGAUGUUACAUAACGAUGCCAGUGAAGCAGGCUUCAGUCAUUAUGGAUUCUUUGUUCUGCAAAAUGCUGGGAUCCUGCUUGGUUUCGGCAUCAUGCUCGUCAUCGCCAUGUUUGAACACAAGAUUCAACUUAGUAUUGACUUCUGAUUUCAUCACCCAACUGCCCACAAUUAACAUCUGUCAUAUUUCAUACCUUCAUCUGUAACUUUUUCGUCUUUGUUUCAUUUUACUACGUCUGUUUCAAAAUGAUGUAGCAUCCUGUCCAAAAUACUGUAAAGUUCCUCUGUCUCAGUAGGAUACAUACAUUAGUGACUGUUCUCAGCAUACAGGAACCAGCAAUAGUUUUCCUACUAGUUUUACUGAUUUCAUCCAGGGUUUCACCUUUGUGGUUGUCUGCAUGGUCAUCUGAGAGCACAGAAUACUUGUGCUGGAAUUAAGCUUAAAAUUGCAUGAGCUUAAUAUACAGUGAUGAGGUUGAUGUACCAGUACAACAGUCGAUAGAGUGUGUGAGUAUGUGUCUUUUGAAAAAGUGGAGACUUUAAAAA